AAGACAAAGACAAGCGGUCGUCUUAUCAACUCAGUGAGUAAAAGUCACAUGAGUGGUGGCGUUGCGUUGUUGCGCGAGCAGUCAACCACGGCUGCAGUAAGCAGCAGCAGUGGCAACGAAGCGCACACACACGGCCUCGACUUUUAGCACGGCCGUGGUGACGUCAUCGCACCGCUUCUCCGCCGGAACUCUUAACUGUUGCUUCAAGGAACGAAGUUUGCCCUCGAUUACUGUCAGUUGCUGUGCUGUAGACGUAGGCGCCCUGUCCGUCGCAGGGGAAAUCCAGUUUCAUUUGCUCGUGGAUUGUUUGUGAAACAAUCGAGGAAAAUGGACAGGUCAGGCGGAUUUUCAGGCGGUUCAGGUGCGGGUGGUCCCCCUGGCGCUCAGCAGGGCAACUCUCAAAAGAAGCUGCAGCAAACUCAAGCACAAGUAGAUGAGGUGGUGGAUAUUAUGAGAGAUAACCUGGAGCGUGUCCUGGAACGUGAUGAAAAAUUGUCUGAACUAGAUUCAAGAGCAGAUGCUCUUAGAAUGGGAGCGUCAGCAUUUGAGCAACAAGCUGCUAGACUGAAACGCAAGUUCUGGUGGCAAAACUUGAAGAUGAUGAUAAUCAUGGGUGUGAUUGGAGUAGUCCUACUCUCCAUAAUUAUUAUCUGGAUCGCAUCUUCCGUUGGGGGUUCAGAUAGUCCAAGCCAGAGUCCGCCGGCUGUUACGCCGUCCCCUGCCCCUUCAGGUUAGCCGUACUUCAAGGAACAGUGUAACAUAUUGAUAUUGCAUUCACGCUCACUUUGCUUAAACCUGAUCUUGUGGGAAAUUUUAUUUGGCUGUUUUAUGUAAGAAAAAGUGGAUUUUAGUAAGCGUGGAUUAUGUGGGGUUUACUUUAUGUUUGAGAGUUGCGUCUCUUUAUACAUAUUGCUUCAUGGGUCUCAUCCCAUAACGAGGACUAAAGCUUUGUUGACUAAAAUUUUUGUUUAUUAAAACCAUUUAUAUUGUUAGUUUAUCAUUUUUAUAUUGUAUCGGUUAAUAUAUUGGUUAAAGAGUAAGUUCUGAAGGGGGUUCAUGACAAAUUCAUAUCAAAAAUAAAUUUGUGGUAGCAUUUACUAGGGAUUUUUUAAUAGAAACAUGUGAUAUGUGCUUGUGUCCAUUUGUCAAUUAUUUUGGAGCAUUUGGGUGUGCAUAAUGAAUCCUUUUUUUAAAUAUGGCUUGUCUGUAAAAUGCAUACUAUCUAGUGGCAUUCAGUUCUUGUUGUUUGAACACUUUUGUCAGUAUAGGGAAAUUGAUUCCAGUAUUCAUUCCAGAGAGUCAAAAUUCUACUCCCUACUAUAAAUAUAGUGAGUCAACUUUUGUUUAAAUAAUUCAUAAAUUGUAUUUUUCAUCCAUACCAAACAAUUAUACAUGCUUUCAUAGUCUUUGUUUUUCAAUGUUUUAAUAAAAUAAAAACAAUUGAAUAAAGUUA